AUGUCCAUCGAAGACGAGCCAGCAGUACCGCCAAGUGAUCUGAUGGAUAUUGACUGGGUACCGCCAAGCAGCGCCAGUAUCACAGUUGACGAUUCAUCAGUUGGACCGGCGCGUGCACAGACACCAAUGGAGAUUUUGAAUGAUGCCGACACUGACGAUGACAUGUAUGCAGACCCAGCACCACGGGUGCAUGAUGUGAUUUCUCCCCCAUUCGCCAAUCAUCUUAACUCCCCUCCAUCAGGGCGUGCCAUUGAUACUUCCGCCCUCCGGUCUUCCCUACAACACACAGCUCUACCACCUGCUAAUUUAAUGGCCUCACACAUCCCCCCUGCGGCAUCAUUCGACUCAUCACAGGCUCAAUGA